AUGGAUCAAGAUGGAUAUCCUAUCUAUCGUCGUCGCAAUAAUGGUCAAGCUCAUAUUGUGAGGGAGAAAGAAGUUGAUAACAAAGACAUCGUACCAUACAAUGCAUAUCUUUCUAAACGUUUCAACUGGCACAUGAAUGUGGAAGUUUCCGCUGGAAUGAGAUGUGUCAAGUAUAUACACAAGUACAUUUACAAGGGUUAUGAUCAUACAACGAUGGUGUUGGGAUUGAUAAAUGAGAUCCAACAAUAUCUCGAUGCGAGGUAUAUUGAACCUCCAGAAGUUGCUUGGCGAAUAUUUGGUUAUCCAUUGCAUGUAGAGAUACUAGCAGUUAGUGCAGUAGUUGGUAACAGGUUGAUAUUUGAACAUCAACAACUGCAAAAUGAGGCACAACAGGCAGAUGUAGAAAUUAUUAUUGAUCGCCUCAACAAUGAUCAACGAACAACUUAUGAUGCAAUCACUUCCUCAGUCUUUGAAAAUAAAGGAAUUAUUUUCUUUUUGAAUGGAGGUGCCGGAACAGGGAAAACGUUUUUGUACAAUGCGAUUGCAUUGAAGUGUCGUAGCCUUGGCCAUAUUGUUAUUACUGUGGCUUCAUCUGGAAUUGCAUCAUUGUUAUUGCAUAGACAUUGUGUUGAGGCAGUUGAUCGCACACUUCGAGACACUUGUGAUAGUGAAAAGCCAUUUGGGGGUAUCACUGUUGUUCUUGGUGGAGAUUUUCGACAAAUCUUACCAAUUAUAACCAAAGGAGUCCAUGAGCAAAUUAUUGGGACCAAUCCUCAAGAAAUUGUUAAACUUCCAUCAACAAUAUACAAUUUCCAAGAUCUAAAAGACAUAAUCUCAGUAAUUUAUCCGCAACUGGAUGUGGCAAUGACAUCGACUGCAACAUUUUUAACUAAACGUACAAUUCUUUCUGCACGGAAUGAUGAUGUCAGUGCUAUCAAUACUGCAGCAUUGAAUAUUUUUCCGAGUAACACACAUACUUAUUUGGCAGCAGACAAGAUGUCAGAAGAAGAUGAAAUUGAUCGUACUAUAAUAAAUAGAUAUCCUAAUGAAUAUUUAAAUUCAUUAGAUCCUCCUAGGCUACCGGCUUUUAAG